AUGGCAAUGCCGCAACUUCGACACUCUAUUUUUGUAGCCAUUGCUACACUAUGUUUCUAUUUGAGCUUCACUUCAUUGGCUUAUGCCCAAGAGUCCGGCACUGCCACUUAUAACACUCCUCCUUAUCUGCCUUCAAGUUGCUAUGGUUUUGAGGACCAAGGAGUGAUGAUAGCAGCAGCGAGCGAUGCGAUUUAUAACGAUGGAGAAGCAUGCGGCCAAAUGUACGAAGUCACGUGUCUCAGCGGCACAAACUUGGGCACCCCAAUGCCUUGCUUGGAAGGCUCUGUUGUGGUAAAGAUAACAGACUACUGUAAACCCGAGUCAUGCAGGGGUACUAUCGACUUAUCAAUAGAAGCUUUUGCUUCCAUUGCAGAUCCAGCUUCUGGAGUUAUCAACGUCUCUUACCAAAAGCUUUGA